AUAUUGCACAAAGUUGGUGGUAAAGUAAAGAAAAAAAAUCGACGAAUAGGAACGAAGAAUGUAGAUGCAAAAGCUUAUACAUUUCGUUCUGCGGUGAAGGCUGGUCGCGCAAUUAGAAGGGCCGCUGACAAGGGUGAACGCAAAAAGCACAUACCUUUAGUAGAUAGAACUCCUGUCGAACCCCCACCGUAUAUUGUCGCAAUUGUUGGGCCUCCCAAGGUUGGAAAAAGCACUUUGUUGCGAUGUUUGGUGAAACAUUAUGUUAGAAUUACGCUCACAGAAAUUCGUGGCCCAAUUACUAUUGUUACUGGUAAAACACGGCGUGUGACGUUUACAGAAGUAUGCAGUGACAUCAGCUCUAUGAUAGAUAUCGCAAAAAUUGCUGAUCUGGUUUUGUUAAUGGUGGAUGCGUCAUAUGGCUUCGAGAUGGAAACAUUUGAAUUUUUAAACAUUUGUCAAGUACAUGGCAUGCCUCGUAUAAUGGGUAUUUUAAGUCAUUUAGAUGUAAUUAAGAAGAAAGAAAAAGUGAAGCAUGCGAAAAAAUUGCUUAAGCAUCGUUUCUGGACCGAAGUUUAUCAGGGUGCAAAAUUAUUUUAUUUAUCCGGUAUGAUCAAUGAGCAUUAUUUGAGAAAUGAGAUUCACAAUUUGGCUCGCUUUAUCUCUGUUGCUAAACUUCGCCCACUUGCAUGGAGGAUUGAUCAUCCAUAUGUUUAUUGUGAUCGGUAUGAAGAUUUAACUAAUCCUGAGAUUUUGCACGAUAAUCCACGGGCUAAUCGAGUAAUCUCGCUAUAUGGGUGGGUACGUGGGACAUUUUUGAAAAGCCAUUCGGCUGUUCAUAUUCCUGGAGUCGGAGACUUCCGAAUAAAAGAGAUCAAUGCACUUUCUGAUCCAUGUCCGUUACCAUCAAAAGAAAAAGUGAAAAGAACGUUAAAUGAAAGGGAAAGAAUAAUAUAUGCCCCGUUCUCUGGGCUUGGUGGAAUUGUUUAUGACAAAGAUGCAAUUUACAUCGAUACAGGAGGAUCACAUACAUUUCGCAAACCGCGUCAUGAACUUCUUCGAGCCCUCGACAAUAUCAAGCAGGGAAUCGAUGAUAAAAUGGGAAAAAUGGGGUUAAAACUAAUUUCGGAUGCCAAAAAUGAUCUUAUUGAAACUGAUGCCAGUGGUGAAGCAGACGAUAUUGAAGAAGGUGAAAACGGCUUUGGUAAUGAAAAUGAAACGGUAGGGCGCGGCGAUAUUGACGAAGACGAAAGCAGAGAGAGCUGCCUUACUGAUGAUAGUUGGUCAGCUUUGUCGAAAAAAGCUCAAUCAAUGUAUGAAUUAAAAAAACAGAGUCGUUUCAAAUGGAGUACUGUUGUAUAUAAUGAGACAGAAAGUGGAUUUAAUUCCGUUAUUAAUUCUGGUAAUGACCGAAUUACAAAAAUAAGGGUAACAGCUGCCGAAAAUCGGCGUAAAAAUGAUAAAGAGAGGCUUAAAAAUAAAUUUAAUGCUGAAUAUGAUGAGGCAAACCGGUAUUAUUUGCAAUUGAAAGAUGAAUUCGAGCAACAGGCGAAACUUAAUAAGUCAGUUUUCGAUAAUCUUGAUGAGGAUGUUCGUCAAAAAUUGGAAGGUUUUCGACCGGGCACUUAUGUACGUGUUGAAUUUGAAAAUAUUCCAGUAGAAUUCAUCGAUAAUUUCGAUCCUACAAAGCCUUAUAUUAUUGGUGGACUUAUAACGGCGGAACAAAAUUUCGGUUCGUUGCAGGUUCGUAUUAAAAAGCAUCGUUGGUAUGAGAGAAUUCUAAAAUCACGUGAUCCUCUCAUCAUUUCUUGUGGUUGGAGAAGAUUUCAAACAGUCGUAAUUUAUUCAAUGCAAGACCACAAUAUGCGGCAGCGUUUUCUUAAAUACACACCGCAACAUAUGUAUUGUCAAGCAGUUUUUUGGGGCCCUGUCGUUGCUCAGAACACUGGAUUCUUGGCUUUACAGUCACUGACUGAAACUAUGGGAUUUCGAAUCGCUGCAACAGGUGUUGUUUUAAAUCUGGAUAAAGCUUUUGAGGUGGUAAAAAAAUUAAAACUGAUUGGAUAUCCAUAUGAAAUAUUCAAGAAAUCCGCAUUUAUCAAGGGUAUGUUCAAUUCAACACUUGAAGUAGCAAAAUUCGAAGGAGCGUCAAUUCGUACUGUCAGUGGUAUUAGGGGUAUAAUUAAGAAAGCCCAAAGAGAACCACAUGGUGCUUUUAGAGCAACUUUUGAAGACAAAAUAUUGCUAAGCGAUAUAGUAUUUCUAAGAUCUUGGGUAACCGUUCCAGUGCCUCGGUUUUGCGCUACAGUUACGAAUCAUCUUUUGCGCUCUGAUACAGAGUGGGAAGGUAUACGAACUGUUGGGCGUCUGCGUUUCGAAAGAGGUUUAAAAGCACCAAUGAAAAAUGACUCAGUGUACCAAGAAAUUAAACGCAGGCCUUUCGAAUCCGCGCCACUGGUUAUUCCGAAAACACUGCAAAAAGACCUUCCGUAUCGGCUUAAACCCAAAUAUGUCAAGAAUAUUAAAGUCCUUGAUGACAGACUUAUUAGCAAGCAUACUGCUGUCAUUCUUGAACCUCACGAAAGCAAGUUGCACCGGUUUUUGGAGAUGCUCGAUGUGGUGAAUGCAGAUAAAGUUAAAAAGAAUCGAGAGGCCAUGGUCGAGCGUGUAAAAAAACAUCGAAAGGUUACAUAUUAUGCAAUAUACCUAUGUUAUUGCGUGUGUUUCUGUUGA